AUGACGGAUAAGGGGGAACCCCCCCCACCACCACCCCGAAGACCACCGGAUAGGCGACCAGGGAUCCUGGACAGACCCUUCAUUGAAAGGAACCUAUUCGAUCCUGAGAAGUCCCGAAUCAUCCCCCCGGUCAGCCAAAUCCCUAGACGAAUUGGAAGUCCACCACUUAGUCCCUCACCCGUUACUAGCCGGGCUGAUAGGACACUAAGCUUCGAAUUGGCAACUACAUCCCGCCUUGCGGUAAAACUAGCACCGCCACAAGUAGAAUCCGACGAACUUCAAGACGAAAAGAGGCCCAAACUAGGGUCUCGCACUCCGUCAUCAGACGAAGAAUCAACAUCAUCUAUGCCAUCACCAACACAUAUCAACCCUCCAAAAUCACCAUCACUAACAAAGACCCUGUCGGACAUCCCAACCGAGACCCAAGAUAUGGACGCAGAACCCGUGCCGGGGCCAUCGACAGCACCAGACACGUACGCGCGCAUAGCGGCCGCGCCCAAAGCCACGCGACCACCAUCCCCACGAACAACGGGACCACCACCACCCAAUGAAACACCAACAGCGGCAAAGUAUCCACCGAUAAUAGUGGAGUGCUUCCCAAACUGGGCGAAGCACUUCAAAAUACUACAAUAA